GCGACAUGGUGCUCGGGCUCUUUGUCGUCGAUCUUGUCGGUGGCACUCUGGUCCACGCACGAGCCCUCUCGAGAGCCUUCCAAACGCAGUAUCCCGCAAAAUCUCACAUGAACCAAGCGGCGCUCUUCUUUGCCCUUUACAACUUUGCCGGAUCGGUCGUCGAGACGCCGUCGCAGCACGACCUCAAGUACUUUGAGACGACCGACGAACGCUAUAUCCUGGAGCCCGUUCCCGCCAAGCAGUGGCUUCUCGUGAUUGUGACGUCGCGCGCUACACAUUUGGCGAUCGCAAGACACAUGGCGACUGUCAUUGGCGCCGGCGAGGCCGUGCCCAUGGACCGCAAGCGCCAAGUCCCAUACUUUCAAGCGUGCAUAGUGCAGGCCCUCGACGCUGCCGUCUCGAGCGUACUCGAAACCAUCCGUGAGCGCCAUGCGGCCGAACUCGCGCUUGUGGCGUUUGAUAGCGAGGCUUUGGAGGUCGGACCCUUGACAGUCUCUGUCGCUGCACGCUCACGGUGGCGCCGGCGCUGGCAUACUUGGCUCCAGCGCAAAGCAACGACCAAGGUGCAGCACGAAUCGACGACACCUUCUGGCCAAAUCUGGAAGUUGCGAUGGGCCGGCGGCGAUGCGCUUGUUUCCGAUGCGAUGCAACGCGCCUUCAUGCGCGUCCUCGACGGACUUGGCUUACUGACGAUGUUGCCGCCGAGUUCCAGUGUACAGUUUGAUGGCGCGCUCCACGUGCACAGCUUUGGCGCGUACCACCUGUUGCUCGUUUGCCCGUUGCCGCCAACGCACGUCGUGGACAUGACGUUGAAUGGACUCGUGCACGCGUUAAAGUAUUUACACGUCGAGUGACGACGCU